CUUGCGGAUGCGUUCAAUUCUGCAUAACCUAUCAUUAUCUCGAUCAAAAAGUGUAUUUGUUUAUUGUAUGAUUGUGUGUAGGUUUUAAUUUAUUUUUCUGGUAGUCACGGGGGUAGUAUGGCUAUAUCUGAGGAACGUUCUGAGGUAGUUGAGAGUAAUUUUGAAUGGUUUCAGAUUUUGGGGAGAUUAGGAGUAGUUGCUGCCGGCUAUCCUUUGGAUUAUGUGAAAGUAUUGAUUCAGAUUGGACAUGAACCCAUUGCUCCAGUACCAUGUCGGACCAUGUUUGGCAGACCUGCCUUGGCUCUGCCAGGAGCUUUCACUUACAUGAAAUACAUAAAAAGAGUUAAUGGAUUUUGUGGACUAUAUACAGGUUUAACACCUAGACUCGCUAGUAAUUUUUUGAAUUUAUCUACCUACUUAAUAGUUGAAGAGAAAUUGCCAAAUAUUAUUGAUGAAAGUCUAUUAGGAAAACCAGAGAGUGACCUGACUGAUGAGCAGAAGCUCAUCGUUCAUGCUAAUGAACUAGUAAAAUCUUCAGCUGCUAGGAUUGUAGCAAUAAUUGUUAGUCAUCCUUUCCAUGUAAUAACCAUCAGAACCAUUGCUCAGUUUGUAGGAAAAGAAGAGAAAUAUGUGGGUAUAUUUGGAUCCAUAGGAGAAAUUUAUAAUACUGAAGGGAUUUUAGGUUUCUAUAGAGGAGUUAUUCCUAGAAUUAUAGGAGAACUACUGACAGCUUGGGCUGCUACUACAGCAUCAGUACUAAUAAAUACAUAUUUGAUUGAAGAAGAGUCAUUGAAAGGCUAUGUGAAAGCGUCUAUGAAUUACCUUGCAAGUGCAUUUUUCUACCCUUUCCAAGUAGUCACACAUGUUAUGAUAGUCAAUAACUGUGGUCUUAAAGCUGGCUUGCCAGGUAAUAUGCCUAUUUAUGCAAGUUGGUUAGAUUGUUGGUCUCAUCUAAGUGCCAUAGGCCAAUUAAAAAGAGGGUCUAGCCUUUUGUGGAGGUAUUAUAAUGGUCCUUUCAUGCCAGGUAGCAUUGAACCUUCUAAUAGAAGAGUUUACGCACAAGCCUUUCCAUACAGUUUACAUCUUCAUUAAUAGAAAUAGAGUUGACAUUUUCUAAGAAUUAGAAAGUUUUCCAAUGACAGUUAAAGUUGCGAAGAACUGAUUUUGUAGGAAGUGUGUGUUAAAUUAGCAUGUCUAUUAAACUCCUUGAAGAAAGUUCUUUUACAUUUGUGUUUUAAAUUCCUUGUGCUUUACUAUUGAAUUAAAUUCUUUAUUUUUGA